AUGGUAGAAGCUUCAUAAAAUUACGAUGAUUUUGAAAGAGUACCAGUUUGCAGAGUCUACGAGAGAAUGGGAGUCUGUUUGGAACCAGCAGUUUGCUAGUACACUCACCCAACUUAUCUCGUUCAAACUCUUAGUGAUUAACAAGUAGCAGGAUCCUAACUGAAUUUAAAUGCAGUAGAAUUUAAGCCAAAAAAGAAAAAUGUGGAGGUAUCACAAGAAGAAGCAAUAUACGCGAAGUUUGAGAAGAUGGAAGAUAUCUAUUACUUUGAAUCAAGUAAGAGCUGUCCCUGCUGCAAAGGGCAAGUUAAUAACUGCAAUGGAGAUGCAUGCCAGAAUCUAGGUAUCUGUUAUUGUGUUGUGCAUUUGAGUCACAGUGAAUGA